AGCUGACCGGACUAACGAUUAGUUGUCAAUCGAUCAGUCAACAACCCCCGAUGCUAACGAUGUACCGAGCAUUCACUUUGCUCACCUCACGGUUGUUCUGGCAAACUCGCGCCAAGCUCGAAGAUUUACAGACGCAAUGCGUCUCGAUGAGGAGCACGAGCACGAGAUCCUCUCACGAAGACAUGAAGAAGCGCGAACAGAAUUGGCAGAGGGACAUGGCGCACUGAAUUGGGUAUUGGUCCAGCGCAGCGAUCCUGAAGGCCAGAUCUAUGCAGGCUGCGAUACGUAUCGCAUUGAGGCGCUCAUCAAGAGGAAGAGCAAGGAGUCCAUUGAGGACACAUUUUGCUAUGGAAUCACCAGUGUUUACACUCCAGUUCAGCAUCGGAAGGGAUAUGGACGUCAUCUGCUCAGAGUCCUCCACUAUAUCCUAGCCCGGCCUAGACUUCCUGCGUUUCCCCUUGAAUGGGGUGACCCUCCUGCUUUGGCACCGAAGCAACGCGAGCUGGUGCCGUGGGCUAGCUUCUCAUUCGUCUGCUCCGACAUCGGGUCGGAAUACUACAGCAAGUGCACCAUUGGAGACUCGUCUGAGGGUUUUGCGGUCAAUCCUUUGGAACAGAACGAACUGCACUGGAAAAUCCUUCCUCCCGAAGACGAGGAAGGCAGUUUCUGUCGCCAUGGACCCGGCGAUGAUCAUCGAGAGGAUGACUGGCUGGUACUGUACGAUAAAGACUUACCUCGUAUCAAGUCUAUCCUGCGUGAAGGUCAGAAACGAAAUCUCGAAAACCGGGAUACGGUCGAUCAUUCCGUGUUCGCCUUGGACCCCGAGGCUGGAGGCGUGUGCGACUUCGUUGCCCAAGGCGGAGAGACUGGUGUGAGAGAGCCCUGGCCUAUUCUCGACAAAGUCGAGCCUAGAGGCGUUCAGCGAGGGGAUACUGUUGUCAUGUUUGCAAGAUACGAUUAUCAAGUGCCUAAAGAUACAUUGAUCAUCUCGUUUGUUCAAAAAUUGACGUCAGAUGACCUACCCAGUCUGUUGAGGGUCCUCGAUCGACUGGGUACAGAGGUCGGGCUGCGGAAUGGCUGGAUCUGGGGCUUAGAUCCGACGAGUGAGCUGGUCAGGAGUUGGGAGGCGUUACCAGGACGAAAUACAAAGGUCGGCUUGAGACAGGGAAACGAUGCCCAUCUCUAUGGCAUUGCUCGAUAUGAAGACCAAGGUGGGAUACUGGUAGAUCAACAGAUGUGGAUAUGGCUGUAGAGGGCCGCGGACACGAUGUGCAUAACAGAUACAGCUGGUGAGGGUCCCAAAUCCAGGUUGAUGGGCAGCGGAAAAAAUUCGUCAUGAAGAGACUUUUUUGGGCCUACUCCAUGACUUUGCAAGCAUGUCCUUCUUCGUGAUAGUAUAGCCAUUAACCUUUGUAUCAGGUCUGAUAUCGAUACCCUCUGACUUGAGCAGCCUUGCCUUGUCAUCCAGUGCGCUCCCUGUACCUGUCCUGAAUUCCUG